UUCUGUACUCUUGUUAAGAACCAAGGUUGUUUACUAGCUCAACCAAGUCUAUUUCUGAGUUAUAUAUAUAUAUAGUCCAUGCCAAAUUUGUAAUAUCCACCAUUGAAGCCCUUUGAGAAAAGAUGAAGAACACGUGUGAAUUGCAAGGGGCAGUGUCCAGUGGGAAGAGUAACCGAUGUGUUGUUUUACCAGCUGAUGUUCCUUUGCUUGCUGAUUCCCUAGAACCAACUAGAAACCAUGGCUGGAUUCCCAAGGCAAGUUCCCCUGCUGAUUUGAUCAUACAAGUUGAUCACUCCAGCUUUCAUUUGCAUAAGCUUGCUAUGGUCUCAAGAAGUGAAUAUUUGAAUAGGCUUGUCUUUCAAGGGGGAUGCAACAUUGAAAUUUCCGGUGACAUACUCAUAAUCCAAAUAGAGAACAUUCCUGGUGGCAGAAAAACAUUCGAAUUAGUAGUGAAGUUCUGUUAUGGUUGGAAGAUUGAUAUAACUGCAGAAAACGUUGCCCCAUUAUACUGUGCUGCACAUUUCUUGGAAAUGAGUGAAGAACUUGAAGAAGGAAACCUCAUUUCCAAGACAGAAGCUUUUCUCAGCUUCCUAAUACUCUCUUCAUGGAAGGACACAUUCCGAAUACUCAAAAGCUGUGAAUCCAUUUCGUCUUGGGCCAAGGAUUUGCAAAUAGUGAAGCACUGCUCGGAAGCAAUAGCUUGGAAGGCAUGCUCAAAAAGUCCAAGUGCAACAACAUAUGAUGAGGACUACUCAAAAUUUGAUAAUUCUUGGUGGUUCGAAGAUGUAUCUAAGCUGCGAAUCGAUCAUUUCGUGGAAGUGAUUCAGUGUCUCAAAAGGGGUGGAACAAAAUCUGAUCUUGUUGGUUCUUGCAUACAACAUUGGACAAUGAAAUGGUUUUCCCAAUUCACACUUACUGGACUUGACAAAGUGACACCUAAACACGUAUCAAUCCAGUUACAUAGAGUUUCGACCGAAUGCUUGAUUAGGUUACUUCCCACUGAAGUAAACUCAGUUUCUUGCAAUUUCUUGCUUCAUCUACUAAAAGCAGGGGUAAUGCUGAAAAUCGAUCUGGAGUUGUUGUGUGUGCUUGAAAGAAGGAUAGCUUUAAUGUUGGAUCAAUGCAGUGUCUCUGAUCUGUUGGUUAAGAAACAAGGAGAUAAGGGUUCUUUGAAUGAUGUAGAUGUUGUUGUGAGAGUGUUACAGUGUUAUGUUUGCCACAUUUCAAAGAAUUCUAAGGAAAAAAUGCAUGCCAUUGGAAGGUUGGUGGAUGGGUAUCUCAUACAGGUUGCAAGGGAUAAGAAUCUUAGAGUGGAGAGUUUCAAAUCACUUGUUGAAGCUUUGCCGCAAGAUGCUAGAUUAUGUGAUGAUCUUCUCUAUAGAGCUAUCGACAUGUACCUUAAGGCACAUCCAGAAUUGAGAGAAGACGAGAGAGAAGAGAUGUGUAAAGUUUUGGGAUACCAUAGAUUGUCACAAGAAGCGCGUGUGCAUGUGGCGAAGAAUAAUAGGUUGCCGGUGAAAUUGACAACGCAAUUCAUGCUUCUUGAACAAGUGAACAUGAAAACAAGGUCAGUGACCAGUGAUGAACCAAAUUACAGGAGGACACAUACUCAUACAGUUAUAAGAGUAAGCACAGAUUUCGAGAGAAGAAAUAUAAAUGCCAAUGAGAUGAAAUUGAUGAAGAGAGAUGUUGAAGUUAUGAAGUCUCAACUCUUGGAACUAAAUACAUGCAGAAUAAAGCUCCAAAAGCAAUUAAGGAAGAGAUGCAUUUGGUGAAAGCUUGCAAUGUAAUACUGAACAUUAAAUCACAUGCAUUGUUAAAACCACACAGGCAAUCACCCUGAUCAUACUACUAAGUUAUUGGGUCAAUAGUUGGAUCAAUGCA